CUGUGUGUGCAUUUAUGGUGUUUGUGCUGGAUUAGCAAAGCCAGAGAAAUGUUUCAAAGGUCAGAAAGGAUUCCAGUGUCAGAAGAGAGACCCGAAAGAGAGAGAGCGAGCGAGAGAGCGAGAGAGAAAGAGAGAGAGAGAAAAAGAGAGAGGCUGACCGGUUCUCAGCUGAGAGUAUCUGAGAGUCAAUGAAAGCAAAAAGUCAACUCUGCUCUGAGUAGAGCAAGCUUUAUUUCUGGCUGCCAGGUUGUCUGUCAGUGCUUAUUGUGUGCUAGUUGCACAGCGUGAAAAUGGCUUUCUGUCAUUGGGAUAGUGGCUCUUCAGAUCAAGCGGCGCUCACUGGAUACUUUGCCUGAAAACAGCUCGCUGUUGGGAGUUCAGCCCUGUCAAUGGGCAAGAGACUGCAUGACUGUCAGCCAUGGGAAACAUCUGUGGCUGUGUUCGAGGCCCUAAAGAAGAAUUCUAUGUUGACCCCAAGAAAGCUCCACUGAACCCCGAAUCUAAAGAGCUCAAAGGUCGUCGCUAUUUUCAGAGGAAGAAGAGGAAAUCGCAGGACUUUCAGCCUGACAAAUCUUUCAGGAGUCCUGGAAGUGACGCUAUUCCAAGAGAAGCCAUCUGCAAUAGUGCAGAGCCUCAAGAUGGCCCAGAUGCGAACACAGACGAGUCCCAAGCAGAGCUGGAUAAACCAUCACAGGUGGAGAAACAUCUAUCCAGGCAAAGCAUCAGCAGAGGUGUCUAUGUUGGAGAGGUACCAGUUUUAAUCCUCAGAGAUCCCUGUAAUCAACCUCUUGGCAAGAGGUUAGCUUACAGGUCAGGAAGGUUUUCCACAGAACAGACAAAUGGUGACAGAAACAGGUUCACCGUAGAAGGAAAGCUUCGUUGUGUUAACACAACUUCCAGAGGUGCCUCAGCUAAGGCUGGUCUGCUUGUGAAGAAGCUGCUACAACGCCAGUUAAGGAGGGCUGUUAGCUUUGGAGCAGUGGAGCACAUGCUACGGACUCUGAGGGGUAAUGACAGACCUGGGAGUGAGGAAACGUUUGCCAAGAUCAUAUGGGGCUCUCAAGCACACAGGAGGAGGAGACGGAGGGCCUACACCUACUCUGGUUACAUAGAACGUCUUCCAGCUCCUGCCAAAUGUAUUUCCACCCAACACGAGAUCUCGGAGAUCCACGUGACAGGGGAGUCCGAGGACAUGACAGCCAAGGAGAGGCUGCUGCUCUGGUCCAAGCAGAUAACAGAGGGCUAUGUAGGUGUACGAUGUGAUAACUUCACAACCUCCUGGAGGGAUGGGCGGCUAUUUAACGCCAUCAUUCAUAAAUACAGGCCAGACAUGGUUGACAUAAGCCGUAUGUCGACACAGACCAACCGAUCAAAUUUAGAGCAUGCGUUUUGUGUAGCUGAACAGCUGGGGGUGGCCAGACUGCUGGACCCCGAGGACGUAGACGUUCAGUCUCCUGAUGAAAAAUCAGUCAUCACGUACGUCUCAACACUGUAUGAUGCCUUCCCCAAAGUACCUGAUGGUGUUGAUGGAAUCAGUCCUAAUGAUGUUGAUAUCAAAUGGGUGGAGUACCAGAACAUGAUCAAAUACCUCAGCCAGUGGAUCAAACACAAUGUGGCCAUAAUGUCAGAUAGAUCAUUCCCCAACAACCCUGUGGAACUCAAGGCACUUUAUACACAGUAUCUGCAGUUUAAAGAACACGAAAUCCCGCUGAAAGAGAACGAGAAGACGAAAAUCAAAAAUCUCUAUAAAAUGCUUGAGAUGUGGAUCGAGUUUGGACGUAUUCAGUUACCCCAGGGUCAUCACCCUAAUGAUGUGGAGAAGGAAUGGGGUAAAUUAAUUAUUGCCAUGUUGGAAAGAGAGAAGAGCCUGAGGCCUGAGGUGGAAAGGCUUGAGACGUUGCAGCAGAUUGCCAACAGGGUCCAGCGGGACUGUGUUAACGGAGAGGACAAGCUGGCAUUGGCAAGAACUGCCCUGCAGUCUGAUGCAAAACGUCUUGAGUCUGGUAUUCAGUUCCUAAAUGAAGCUGAGAUUGCUGGCUACCUUUUGGAGUGUGAGAAUAUCAUCAGACAACAAGUGGUGGACAUCCAAAUUCUUCUGGAUGGAAAAUUCCCCUUUGCAGAUCAACUUGUCCAAAGGGUAUCAAAACUCCGGGAUGACCUCCUAACCCUGAGAGCCGAGUGUUCUUCUGUGUACAGUAAAGGCCGCACCCUGACAACAGAACAAACCAAAAUGAUGAUCUCAGGCAUCACACAAAGCCUGAACUCUGGCUUCUCGCAGAACAUCAACACAAGCGUGACACCAGCCCUUACUCCUGCACUUACCCCAGGGGGGUUAGGCGCCCCUGGGUCCACAUUCACCUCUAGCCUUACACCGUGCCUGACCCCGUCCUUGACCCCUGCCUUGACCCCCGGCCUGCAGCCCGCUUCAGUCCAGAGCUACAUGGGGAGUGGUGGUGGCAUGGACCCAGGCAGCCUCAGGCAUUUGAAACACAUGCAGAUCCGCAAGCCCUUACUGAAAUCCUCGCUGGCAGACCCCAACAUGACAGAAGAGGAGGUCAACAUGAAAUUUGUUCAGGACCUCCUGAACUGGGUGGAAGAGAUGCAGUUGCAGCUGGAUCGUUCAGAGUGGGGAUCUGAUUUGCCAAGUGUGGAAAUGCAUUUAGAGAACCACAAAAGUGUACAUAGAGCCAUUGAAGAAUUUCAAAUUAGUCUUAAAGAUGCCAAACUGAGUGAGAUUCAGAUGACCAUACCCCUGAAACUAACUUAUUCAGACAAACUGAACAAACUAGAAAAGCAAUAUGAAAGGCUAUUGAGCUGUUCAAGAGAGCGGCAAAGCCACCUGGAAAACCUGCAUGACUUUGUGUCGCAGGCGACUCAGGAGCUCAUCUGGCUGAAUGAGAAGGAGGAAGAGGAGGUUGCCUUCGACUGGAGUGAUCGCAACAGCAACAUCUCAAAGAAAAGAGAUUACCAUGCUGACCUGAUGAGGGAGCUUGAUGAAAAGGAGGAAGUGAUCAAGUCUGUGCAGGACAAGGCCGAACGCCUUAUGCUCAAGAACCACCCAGCCAGGCUCUCUAUUGAAGCAUACAGAGCUGCCAUGCAGACGCAGUGGAGCUGGAUUUUACAGCUCUGCUCAUGUGUAGAACAGCAUCUCAAGGAGAAUGUUGUUUAUUUUGAGUUUUUCAGUGAUGCCAAAGAGUCCAUGGACUACCUUAAAAGCCUGCAAGAUGCCAUUCAAAGAAAAUACAGCUGUGAUCGAACAAGCAGCCUACACAGACUGGAGGAUCUCAUUCAGGAGUCCAUGGAUGAGAAAGAGCAGCUUCUUCAGUACCGCAGUACUGUAGCUGGGUUAGUGGGCAGGGCCAAGAAUAUCGUGCAGCUCAGGCCCAGGAACCCUGAAAGUCCUGUGAGAUCCUCCAUCCCUGUUAAAGCCAUCUGUGAUUAUCGUCAGAUAGAGAUUACCAUUUAUAAAGAUGAUGAGUGCGUAUUGGCCAAUAACUCUCACCGGGCCAAGUGGAAAGUCAUCAACCCAUCAGGGAAUGAGGCCAUGGUGCCCUCUGUCUGUUUCACUGUGCCUCCACCCAACAAAGAGGCUGUUGAUAUGGCAACAAGAACUGAGCAGUUAUACCAGAAUGUCCUGGCACUGUGGCACCACUCCCACAUCAACAUGAAGAGUGUGGUGUCUUGGCAUUAUCUAAUGGCUGAUAUACGAUCCAUCCGCAACUGGAAUGUGGCCUCAAUAAAGACCAUGUUACCAGGUGAGCAUCAGCAGGUCUUGAGCAACCUGCAGUCCCACUUCGACGAGUUCCUGGAAGACAGCGAGGAGUCUGAGGUAUUCACAGUGGCAGACUGUGCUCAGCUAGAGAGAGACGUUGCGGCCUGCAAGGAGUACUACCAGGAACUACUCAGAUCUGCAGAAAGAGAGGAACACGAGGAGUCAGUGUACAAUCAUUACAUCUCAGAAAUACGCAACUUCCGGAUGCAUCUGGAGGCCCACGAAGAACACCUGAUCAGGCAACUCCGCACACCGCUGGAGAGAGACGACCUGGAGCAAAGUCUGCAGCGCAUCACAGAACAUGAGAAAAAGACAGCGGAGCUGAAUAAAUUGAAGGAGGACCUUGACGUUAUGAAGGAGAAGUGUGAGCUGUUCCUCCGACAGGCUGCAGGUUCUCCAUCUGUGCCAACGCUUUCCUCUGAACUCACCGUCCUCGUUCAGAGCAUGAGCCAAGUGUACUCCAUGUCUUCCAUUUAUAUGGACAAACUGAAAACAGUGAGCUUAGUGGUGAGGCACAGCCAGAGUGCAGAGGCGCUAGUUAAGGCCUACGAAUCCAAACUCUAUGAGGAAGAUGCUAUGAAUUCUGACGUCAAGUCCAUUGAGACAGUCAUUUCAACACUUAAGCAAUGGCGGACAGAGAUCGAUGAGAAGCAGGAGGUGUUCCAUGACAUGGAGGAUGAGCUGCAGAAAGCGCGAGUCAUCAGUGACCGCAUGUUUAAGGCACAUAAUGAGCGUGACUUUGACCUCGACUGGCACAAGGAGAAAGCUGAUCAGCUGAGUGAAAGAUGGCAGAACAUUCACUCCCAGAUUGAUGGCAGGCUUCGGGACCUGGAUGGUAUCAGCAAAUCUCUGAAACACUACAGAGACUCCUACAGUAGUCUUGAUGAAUGGGUCAGAGAAAUGGAAGCAGCACAGCUAAAGGCCCAAGAAAACAAACCUGAAGAUAGCAAGGCACUGGCUGAGCUGUUAAACAAACAGAAGGUCCUUGUUGCUGAAAUUGAACAAAAACAGAGCAGAAUUGAUGAGUGUCAGAAGUACUCAGAGCAGUACUCAUCUGCCAUUAAGGAUUAUGAACUUCAGCUGAUGACCUUCAGAGCAAUGGUUGAUUCCCAACACAAAUCCCCUCUCAAGAAACGGAGGAUGCAGAGCUCUUCUGAUGCCAUUCAGCAGGAGUUUAUGGAUCUCCGAACCCGCUACACUGCUCUUGUGACUCUCAUAACACAGUAUGUGAAGUUUGCAAGUGAAACACUGAAGAGAACUGAAGACGAGGAGAGAUCUGUUGAUGAGGAGAAGAGAGAGCAUGGUGAUAAAGUUAGCAAACUAUUGCACUGGAUGUCCAAUGUGAAACAGACCCCAAACAAUGAUGGGAAUGCGCUGAAAGAUAGCAAUGCCAACACAGACGCUUCUAAUAAGCCCCAGGUGUCAGUUGAGGAAAUGGUCACUAAGAAGGAACAAAUUGCAGAAGCACUGAGGGCCACACAAAUGAUGCUGAACAAACACAGUGACAAAAUGACAGAAGAGGAAAGAGAAAAGGCCCAGGAGCAGCUGAAGGCACUCAAUCAGGCCUACAAUGAACUCUCCCAACAUUGCUCAGAUCAGACCACCUCUGCAGAAGAGGGUUUUAAAUCCAGUGAUGCAGGGCUAGGGACUGGACCCAUGAGUGGCCUGAUUGAUCAGAAAACUGGUGUAACUCUCCCAGAGGCCCAACCCGUGACCUCCAACGUCUUUCAAUCUGAGCCGCUUGUCUGUCUGGACUGGGAUGAUGCUUUCAAACAAGAUCUCACCUAUAAAUCCACACUGAACCACUUGCCAGAAUUGAAUGAAGCAAGCAAGUGCAUACAGAGUUCACAUGUCUCUUCUGUGUCACUCUCUGACAUCGCAGCAGCUAGGGAAGAAGCUGCGGGUGAAGACCCAAUCAUCAAGAUGAUAGAGAUCAAACAAGUCAGUGAUGGAUUGGAGGUGUCCUACACAGGGGACACACUUACCCUGGGGAGGGCAUUUCAGUGUGGUUUAGUACCUGCUUCUGUCUAUAUAAAGAUUCUUCAGAGGCAAAAGAAUCAGGAUAUGAUGAAUCCCAGAACUACUGAAGAUGUGUCACAUUUAGAGCCUGUGCAUGAGGUUGAACCUUGUGAGGUCAAUAGACUGAUAUUAAAGUGCCUCAGCAGAAAUAAAUCACUGACAUCAGGGAGGGAUAUUAACACUCUGAGGUCUUGUCAAGAUGGUUUAAGUGAUCAGGAGACCAUGUCAAGGCUGUUAGGUGCUCAGGUGGAUGUAGAUGACCCCAAAGAAGGUCAAAACAUAACUGUUGAGGUGUCAGAGGAUGUUAUGAGUAGCACUGGCAAUCUCCAAAGUGGUGAUGGGCUACAGGUGGAUGCAGCUGUUCAGUGUGAUUUGAUGAGCUCUAGCAGCACACUCACUGUGCUUGGAUAUCAGCAGCAGUUUAUGGGACUUGUGCUGCCUCCCUCUGGGGAAAUCCAAACUGUGUCCACCUCAUUCCAGUACGAUCAACAAAUCACCACAGAUGAGUUUACCAGCAGACUGUUCAGUAAUCGGGAAAAAAUAGCAGCUUUUUACGUUCCAGAAAAUUCAGAGGUGGUAGACAUCACCUCCGCCAUUCAAAAUGGUUUGAUUGACAAUUACACAGCAGAGGUUUUGAAAUCUAUAGAAAUUCCUGAUGUGUUACCUGACGUUGAUCACCUUAAUGAAAAGUUUUCAUCUUGGCUUAUGUAUAAAAAACUCACAGUUGAUGGAUGCUAUCAUGCUGCAGAUUGUUCAAAAGUUGAUAAUAUCCCUACUCACACAGAGGCAACGCAGUUAUUCAUCUCCUACAUAAUGAUAAACAGUUACAUAGAUCCCAAGUCAGGUCAGAGGGUCCUAAUACUCGAUAGACAGCUGAGAAAAAUGGUUAAAAUCUUUCUUGAAGAUUCAAUAUUUUCUGAAAACACUGAGAAAAAUGUGACUUCCCUGACUUUAAAUGUUGGUGAUCUUUCAGAACAGGUAGAUUUAGAGGUCCCGCUGCACAUAAAUGAGGAAACAGAGGAAUUAAUGAAAUACACGCAGCACAUGUGUGAUCCUCAUAAUUUUGUUUCCUCAGUCAAUGGAAGAAUUACCUUUGAUGAAAAAACAUAUGACAAGGCUUUAAAACAAGAUCGUGUCAAGGGAUUUUUAGUAGAUAAUGACAUUGACAUGGAGACAACAGAGCCUGGUGUAGCAGAGAAAACCAUGUGUCCAAACAAAACUAAUUGGACAAAGCCAGAUGAAUUUGCAGAGAGAAUUUGUGGAAAUAUUUUACAGAUUGAUGUUGGAGGUGCUGAUAGUGAAGGUCUUGAUAUUCCAGUGAUGUCAGUCCUUCCCACUUUAUGUUCUGUGAACAGAACAAAUGUUGGUUCACCGUCAAGGAUGUUUGACUCAGAGUGUUCAGUAAAAUCCUGCCAUCAAACACUCCCAUACUACAAUGCUGACUCACUUUGUAGUGAAUCAGAAGGUACAGAUGUUACCCAAGAUGAGUUUGUAUGCUCUGAGGAUUUGGUGGAGGGUGAAAAUGAGCAAGACUCUGCUAUUCAUCUUCUGAAAGCGCAAAUGGAGGAAGGGGGCAUUUUAGAUGUCACCUCUGGGAGACGUGAUGACCUGGAGGCAGCUCUCAGUAAAGGCCUAGUUGACGAGACGACAGUACUGAAACUGCUUGACCUACAGUCAGAUGAAAAAGGAAGUGUUGUAGGAGAUGAGGAGGGCACAAUGUCCGUUUUAAAACUGGCAGUGUCAGAUGGCUCCAUAUCCUCAAACAUUGCGCUUCGUAUAAUGGAACAGCAGAGCCUAUUGAUAUCUGGUUGCACCGUUAAUAUCAGUGAGUCAUUGCAGUCUGGAUUAGUUAAAGAUGACCGUGUUGACAGGAUCCUUAACUCAGACCCCAAAGCCAGCAUUUACCCAGAAGAAAACUGCCCUCAAUCCAUCUUUGAUGAUCAUAAUCUCGGUUUAAUUAAUAUUAAUGAAGCUGAAAACAUGCUGAAGCCGACUGAGAGGAAGGUUGCUGUCAUGGUGCUCGAUCUGACCAACGAGGAGGCUAAUAACAAAGACAUAGAGAGUAGGAAUGGAGAUGCAGAGGUAGAUUGUGAGACAACAGGAAACAUAGAAAACAUGAGUAAUUAUCUGCAUCAUUUCCCUCUCUCACUCGGUGGCCACGAGUCUCUAAUGAUCUCACCCUCCUUGCGGAGUCAGGUUACUGCAGAGUGUAUUCGUCAUAUUGACAAAUCGCCUUUACUGGCUGAAGACAGUGACUCACAGAGUGUAAUUAGCCAGCUGACAGAGAGAGCUGAUGUGCCCAGAGUUGUGAUAGAAAACGCUGCUCCAACUACCCAGUCAUGUCCAUCUAGUCUGAGUGACAGAACCUCCGGCAUCAGCACUGAUCCAGAAAGCCAGACUCAAUAUGCCACUUCUGCUCAUCACUUUAAAUCUGACAGUUCACCUUUGGAUAAUGAGUUUUUCAUUGCUGGAUAUAAUGUCCAAGUGGGAAAUCAGACAGUUAGUGAGAGUGAAUUAGACAUGUCCUCAUCACAUCGCGAUGUGUUAUCUGAGGAACGUAGAAUGGAGAAUGACACAAUUGCAGUUCAGUCACCUUUGGACAGUGAGCCAACUCCAAGUAGAGAUUACUCAGCGCCCAGGGAUUUGGUUGAAAGUGUGCUUAUCUCAGAUUCCAGGGGUAAUAGUAACUAUGACAACAACAUUACAGAAGAUGGCAGCAGAGUCACAUUACCUCAGCAAGCUGCACUUCAUUCACAAAGUGAUUUUAGUGUUGACUCUGAGCCCAGAUGCUCUCAAAAUGGUCAGAGUACGCUUAUUGGUGAGAGAUCUCAGCACUCACCAGCUGUUUCCGAUGAAGUCACUGCAACAAAUACUAUCAAUCUCAAGUGUUUUGAUGUAGAGGAUUCAGAGCACUACACUUCAACUACCAGCAGAGUUUCUCUUGCAACAGUAUUGGCCGAUAAAGAUUUGUCAGGAUCAGCGCACAGGGCUAAAGCUGAUGAUGAGUUAAGCACAGACUGUCUUCCCCCAGAGAGGCAACAUGGGGGCAUUUUCACAAUCACCAGUGAUACGGAACAGAUCUCUGUGUCAAGAAAUGCACAGACAGCCGAGACAAGUGAUAAACAAAAUGCAGAUAUUGGUGGAAAGGUUUCUGCAUCACAUAUGAACUCAAGGCAGUCUGAAACUAUAAUGGGAGUAGGGUUAGGAUCUGAUGUUCUACCAGAGGAGAAAAGAUUAGAUGUGUGUGCUUCUGAGCAUCCCCAGGUGGUUACUGAUUUUCUGUCAGACAGCUGCAUUACAUCUGAUGUUUCCUCUUCAGCUCUGUCAGUGUUUUCUAAUGCUGUAAGGUCACGUGUAGCUGACCAGGGGGAAAUUACAAAGGGGACUAAUGUCAGUGAUUUGCAAAAAGCACAAACUCAAGACACUGAAAGCACUAUUGCUAUAGUUCAGAAUACUCCACAACCUUUAGACAAAGGCGAGAGAGACACACCUCAUGGACUCAUAGAGAGCAGUCACCCAGACCUUCUCAUGGAUUUGCUGAAGCAAAAUGCCCUCAGUUUAAACAACAAAGAAAAAGGAAACUCAGAACUGAUGCUGCAGGAAGAGAAAGUCAGUGAAAAGACAGACCAGUCUGAUGCUCCAAAUAUCCAGCUGCAACUGCUGCAGGUUCUUAAGACCGUUUCCUCAAGCCAAGACCUGUCAGUGCUUCAGGAAGUGAUGGACACUCUAAGCACUGCUCUGGGGGGUGACUCUCAGGAGGAGCGGCAGCACAUACUGGAGAGCAUCAAGGAGGAGAGCUCAGAGGGAGAAGAUGAGGGGUCAGCAGAAGAUGAUUUGGGUCUGUGUCACUCUGCUGUGGACAGUCACAAACCAUCUCCUCAGUCGUCUGCCGACUCAGAUGCAUGCAAAGUUGAGGAGGUCAAAAAUAAGCUGUUCUCCAUCCAGGAUUACUUGGAGUGCGUUGGGAGAUUGCAGGAUCACGCUGAUGUUUUAGAUGAUGUCAGAAAAGACCUUUUAAUCCAGGCACCCAUGGGCAACAACAUGGAAGAAUUGCAGAUCCAAAUAGAGGAAUGUCAGUCUCUGGAGUCCCAACUUUCUAGACUGGCUGGUGUUCUGACAGCAGAUAUGGAGAAAGCCAAACAGCUCUUUAAUUCUGCUGAUGAGGGCAUUCCCAUACAAAUCCACCAAGACUUGGCCUCAACAUAUCUGGAGUUGGAGCCAAAUUUUACUGCUGUUUCCCAAAUGUGUGCAGAAAGGAGUGACUCCCUAAUUCAAGCAAUGGAAACAGGAAAGGUACAUUUGGAAUCAACGUACCAGAAACAUCUUAGUGAUCUUGAUGAACUUGCGGGCCUCAUUCAAAACACCUCAGAGAUGUGUGACGUGGAUUUUAACACAUGUGAUGUGCACACACUGAAACAUUUGAUUCAGCAGAACAAGGACACAGAGAGCAAUCUGCUAAAAGAAGCCAGGCUCAAGUUAGAGGACAUCACAUUUGAUAUUCAGUGCUUUAUUUCUGAGCACGCUCAGUUCUUGAGUCCAGCUCAGAGCAGCUACCUCCUCAAGUUCCUCAGCACCACUCAGCGAGCAUUCAGGGACCAGACAGAGAAGCUUGUUACCCAGAGGAGCGCCUUAGAUGUCCUACUGGACACCAGGGACAGGGAGGACCAGGAGAAGUCUUUAUUGGAGAAACACAAGGAGUUUACAGAGAAGUUGGAGGAAGUGUGUGAUAAUCUCACCCUGACAGAAAACCACCUGAUUGGUCAUAAGCAGCAGGCUGAAAAUGCUGAGUGUGUCACAGACCUGCAGCAGUACCAGCAGGAGCAUCAGGCUCUGCAGAAAGAUGUACUGACAAACGCCAGUGCCUUGAAUGAGGUCAUCAUCAGUACUAAAAAGUUUCUGGAGGAAAACCGGAGCAAGCUGACACCAGACCAAAUUGCCAUCAUUGAGAGCAAAUUGGAAGAGGCUAAAAGCAAAGCCAAGCUCAUCAACCAGCGGGCUGAGGAGUCCAGGAAAGAUUUGGAGAAGGUUGUUACCACAGCCAUAAAACAGGAGAGUGAAAAGGCAGCAGCUGUUGAGCGGCUUGAAGAAAGUAAGAACAAAAUCGAAGGUCUCCUGGACUGGAUAUCCAACAUAGGGAAUGAAAACGAGAGCGGUCUGGAUCAAACUGACCAUAUAAGUAAAGAGAAUGGAAACCUGCCAGAAGAAACCUCAGCCAAGGGACUGAUAGGGGAGGAUGACGAUGCCAAUGGAAACGCUUUACAGAUCACUGAAAAUUAUUUUGGCAGCGAGACCAGCAGCAAGAACAAUGCCUCCCUGGACCUCGAUAAGCAGUAUGACAGGGUCAAGGCCCGUCAUCAGGAGAUUCUGUCCCAGCAGCAGGAUCUGAUCAUGGCCACCCAGUCAGCUCAGGCUCUGCUCGACAAGAAAGCUGAUGUGCUGUCUCCAGAGGAGAAGGAGAAACUGCAGAAGAAUAUCCAGGAGCUGAAGGGGCGCUACGAGGCCUCGCUGACGCAGGCUGAACAGCAGAUGAAGCAAGUGCAGUGUGUCCAGGAGGAGCUGAAGAAGUUCCAGGAUGACUGUGAGGAGUUUGAGGGCUGGUUAGACCACGCAGAGGAAGAGAUGGAGGAGCUGGGAGCUCCUGCAGGCUCCCUCAAUAUCCUUAGUGACAAACUCCAGCGACAGAAAAGCUUCUCAGAAGAUGUGAUUUCCCACAAAGGGGACCUUCGCUUCAUCACCAUUUCAGGACAGAAAGUGCUGGAUGUGGCUAAAGCCUGCGGAUUGGAUGACCCUGCGGCUAAGAAUGCUCCACUGCACGUGGAUACUUCAGGAACCUGUUCAAUGGUCAAGGAUAAGUUGGAUUCAGCAGCCAGCCGAUACAAAACACUACAUUCUCAGUGCAAUCAGCUUGGCAACAACCUCAAAGAUGUGGUUGACAAAUACAAGAAAUAUGACGACUUGAGCGCUGGUCUUUUGAAGUGGCUCAACGGCUCAGAGGAGGAGGCAAGAAAUCAGCAAUCAGAGGCCAUAGCAGCUGAUCCACAAACACUACAGAAACAGCUGGAGGAGACCAAGGCCCUACAAGGUCAGAUGACAGGCCACCAGACUGCUGUUGACACACUACGCAAAACAGCUGAGUCUUUGGUAACAUCUGAAGGAGACCUGCUAAGCAACCCAGAUGAGAUCCAGGAGACAGUAGAUGACAUAGUUGAGCGCUAUGACAACCUGUCCAAGUCUGUAAGUGAUAGAAAUGAGAAACUGCAGAUCACCCUGACUCGCUCCAUGAGUGUCCAGGAUGGUUUGGAUGAGAUGAUGGGAUGGAUGGAGGGAGUGGAGGCCAGUGUGAAAGAGAAAGGACAAAUUCCCCUGGACUCUGCAUCCAUUGGAGAUAUCCUCAGCAAAGAAGCAGCAUUAGAGCAGGACAUAGCAAGUCGCCAGAGCAGCAUCUCAGCUAUGAAAGCCAAGGUGAAGAAAUUUGUGGAGACGGCAGAUCCCUCUGCUGCUGCCCUUCUGCAGUCUAAGAUGGAUGCUCUCUCCCAGCGCUUCUCUGAUGCCUGUGACAAGCAUAAGCAAAAAGUUUCCCAACUGGAGCAGCUAAAGGAGAAGGUGGAACAGUUUGAUAAAGUCGCAGAUAAAGUUCAGCAGUUUGUUGUGAAGCGUUCACAAGACCUACAUGAGACAGACGGGCCAGGGAAAACUUUCAAUGAACUGUCUGAGCUAAUGCAGAAUACUAAAGCUGAGAUAGCUGAACAUGCCAGUGAUUUGGAGAAGCUGCAGACUCUGUCCAAGGAGCUGUCUGAAAUAAGCCCUGGUGGAAACAAAGCCCAGAUCCAGAGCAAGAUGGACAAUCUCUCAAAUAUUUUCAGCACCUUCAAAGACACUGUCAAAGAAAAGGAAGAGGAGGUAUCAUCCUGUCAGGACCAGCUGGAAGAGUUCAGAUCUGCAGCUAACGCUCUCACCAAGUGGCUGGAGCAGACAAAUGAGAAAGUACCUGCGGUUCAGCCAAGCAGCAGUGAGAAAAGUCUGGAGGAGGACCUGCAGAUAGUCACUGGAUUAUUAGAUGAAUGGACAUCCAAAGGCCCUGCUGUCCAAGACCUGAACAGUAAAGGAUCAGCACUAUGCAGUCUCAUCACUUUCCUCACAUCCCCUGCCAAGACUAAGACCCCUAACAAGUCAGCUCUUACUAAUGGUGGUGGUCCAGGGAGCCAUUCCUACCUAACCAAUAAAGAGCUGAUGGUAAUUCAGCAGAACAUGUCAUUCGUCAACGAGGGAUACGCGAGCCUUGGGGAAACGCUGAAGAGUCGAGCAGCAGAGUUGAGUGGUUCGGUGCAGGAGGUCAAAGAGGCCCAAAGGGAGACGGACGACAUGAUGACUUGGCUGAAGGACAUGAAAAAGACUGCAGCAUCCUGGAACAAUGCAGCCACAGAGAAAGAUUCAGUGAAAACACAGCUGGAACAGCAAAAGGCAUUUGAGGAUGACAUGAAGCAAAAGCGUGAGCAGCUCCAGAAGCUCAGAGAGAAGCUCCUCAACUUGAUUAAGACUAAUACGAACUCCCCUGAGGCAGCAAAAUGGAAGCAGAUGCUGGCAGAAAUAGAUGCUGCUUGGGAAAAUAUCAGUGGCUCUGUAGAGGAGAGGAAGCAGCACUUGGAGCAGUCCAACAAGAAUCUGGACAUCUUCCAAACAACUGAGCUGCAGCUUGGUCAGUGGCUUUCAGAGAAAGAGCUGAUGAUGAGUGUCCUUGGACCCCUCUCAAUAGACCCCAACAUGCUUAAAAUGCAGAAACAACAAGUUCAGAUCCUCCAGAACGAAUUUAAGAGCCGUAAACCUCAAUAUGAGCAACUCGAGGAAGCUGCCUCUGCCAUCCUGAGCUCCUCAGGCAACCAGGACCCCUCAAGUGGGAAGCUGGUGAAGGAGCAGCUCGCUGCCGUCACCCAGAAGUGGCAAGGCCUCACAGGACAGCUGGACCAGAGAGACAGCCUCAUUGACCAGGCGGUGGUGAAGACAGGACAGUUCCAGGAGUUACUGAGGAGUAUCAGUCAGACUGCCACUCAGCUGGAGAAUCAGCUCACCAACCAUCAGGGCCACAGCACCCAGCCUGAUGCUGUGAAGAAGCAGUUGGAGGAUGUCCAUAACAUCUCAACCCAGCUGAGAGAGGAGAGGAAGAAGCUGAAGGAGGCUGAGGUCAUCAAUGCAGAACUCACAGCGAUGGUGACUGAGGACUAUCUCAAAGCAGACUUAGCCAGGCAGCUGGAGAGUGUCAGCAAGCCCUUCAAACAGCUGGAAGAGAAAGCAGCAAAACGGAUCGAGCACCUCAACUCAACCUUUGCCAGCUCUCAGCAGUUCCAUCAGACCUCCAAAGACUUCCAGUCAUGGCUGGGUGAGAAGCUCCAGGACCAGUCUAAGCCUCAGCCCAUCUCUUCCAAAGUGGACAUCCUGCAACAAACCCUGGAGGAGCACAGUAAACUCCAGAAGGCUCUCAGUGAACAGGAGGAAGCUUAUAACACAAUCAUUGAGGAAGGGGAGAUGCUUUUGCAGAACACUGAUGGUGCAGAAAAGUUGGCACUACAAGGGCAGCUUACUACACUCUCUUCCAACUGGGAGGAGGUGAAGAAGAGCUCUGUGGAACAGGCUGACAAACUCCAGACUGCUCUGCAGAGAUCUCUCAAGUAUCAGGAGCAUGCAGAGAAGCUCAGCUCUUGGAUUCAAGAGUGUGAAGCCAGCGAGGGCCGAGUCAAACUCAUUGUUGAUCCAGUUUCUGUGGAGACCUCCAUUUCUCAGGUGAAAGCUCUCCAGAAGGAUGUCGACAAGCACAGAGGGAUGGUGGAGCAGCUCAACACGGCUGCAGAUAGUCUUCUUGAGGUGGCCAACGCAGACACUGAAGCUAUCAAAGAGGAGAAGGCUAGCAUUGGCAAAAGAGUGGACAAUGUAGUGGAAGUUCUGCUGAACAAAAGGGAGUCCCUGGAGAAGAUCUCACACACAGUUAAAGAAUUUAAUGAUGCCUACAAAGAGGCAAAGGGUCAGCUUGAGGGGGCUAAGAAGCAGGUGGAUGCCUAUGAAUCACAGGGAGCGCAGGCACACAGCAACAAGAACCUGACCAACAUGAAAGCCCAACAUAAAAGUUUAGAGGGUGUCCAGAACCAAGUAGAACACCUGAAGAGCUUGGCCAAGGACCUUGUGGUGGAUGUCCCAGAUGCUGAUGGGGUGACAGACCUGUUACUGCAGGCUGACAGCAUAGAAAAAGACUACAGCACCCUUAACAAGACACUAGAGGAGACGUGCCAAGUCUUGGAGGGUAAACUGCAGGGUAUUGGGCAGUUCCAAAACAGCAUCCGAGAUAUGUUCACCCGUUUCACAGACCUGGACGAUGAACUGGACAGCAUGGCUCCUGUGGAUCUUGACUUGGCCACCCUUAAAGAACAGCAGGACAGCAUUCAGAGCUUUGUGGCUAAGCUGCAAGAGCUGAUGGCCAACACGGCCAAUGCUGGAGAUAGCUGUAAGAAGAUGCUAGAGACUGAGACCUCCCCUGACCUGUUAGGCUUGAAGAGAGAUCUGGAUGCUCUGAGUAAGCAGUGUGGUAAACUGCUGGACAGGGCUAAAGGCAGAGAGGUGCAGGUGCAGAGUACUCUCACCAAGCUAGAGGAGUUGUACGGUAAACUCCAUCAAGCGGAAGAUAAACUUUGCAGAGCUGUGGACAAGGAGGCGUCCCAGGAGGCAGUCGGCAUGGAGACAGAUGUCAUCAACCAACAGCUGGAGGCCUUUAAGGCUUUCCAGAAAGAGGACAUUGAUCCAUUGCAGACACAGCUUCAAGACAUCAACUCCCUCGGCCAGAGCCUGAUCCAAACCGCUGCCAAAGGCACCAGCACCAAGAAGCUUGACAAUGACCUGGAGGAAGUCAACACAAAGUGGAAUACUCUCAAUAAAAAGAUUGCUGAGCGUUCAGCCCAGCUGCACGAAGCCCUGUUGCAAUGUGGGAGGUUCCAGGAUGCUCUGGAGUCACUGCUCAGCUGGUUGACUGACACAGAAGAGCUUGUGGCCAAUCAAAAACCUCCAUCUGCGGAGUUCAAAGUGGUCAAGGCACAGAUACAAGAGCAGAAACUCUUACAGAGACUGCUGGAUGACCGAAAGCCAACGGUGGAGCUGAUAAAAAAAGAGGGAGGGAAGGUUGCGAAAGAGUCUGUGGAUAAGGAGAAGGUUGCAAAAGAGAUCGAAUGCCUGGGGCAGAGGUGGGACACUCUGCUCAAGAAGGCUGAAAACAGGCACAAGCAACUAGAGAGCAUCUUAGUGGUCACUCAGCAGUUCCAUGAGACCUUAGAGCCCCUGAGUGAGUGGCUCACAGCUACAGAGAAACACCUGGCCAACUCCGAACCCAUUGGCACAGAGACAUCUAAACUGGAAGAUCAGAUCUCUCAGCAUAAGGCCUUAGAGGAGGAGAUUAUGAAUCACAGUAAAGACCUGUUUCAGGCCGUCAGUCUGGGUCAGAUGCUCAGAACUGUGAGCUCAGUGGAUGAUAAGGAGUUUGUUCAGUCCAAACUGGACUCCACCCAGGCCAGUUACAUAGAGCUCCAGGAGCGAUGCAGGAGGAAAGCCGAGAUACUGCAGCAAGCUCUGGCAAACGCCCAGCUGUUUGGAGAGGAUGAAGUGGCCCUCAUGAACUGGCUCAACGAGGUGCACACGAGGCUGAGUGAAGUGUCCGUGGAGGACUACAAAAUAGAUGUUCUUGAAAAGCAGCUGGCAGAACAACGGGCACUACAAAGUGAUAUUGAGUUAAGAAAGAAGAAUGUUGACCAAGCCAUCUCUAAUGGGAUGGAGCUUUUGAAGCAAACAACAGGUGAUGAGGUGGUUGUUAUCCAAGGCAAACUGGACGGAAUAAAAACAAAGUACGCUGAGAUCAACUCUAUGAGUGACAACAUUCUGAAGACUUUGGAGCGGGUUUUGAGUCUCUCUACUAAGCUGCAGCAUACCCAUGAGGAUCUGAGCUCCUGGCUUGAGAAAGUAGAGGCUGAGACCAGCGCUUUUGCUGAUCAGGAGCCAGUAGGCGAGCAGCUCCUUCAAGCACAAAGCAGGCAGAAGGCCUUGUUGAAGGAGACGAAAGACCAAAAACCUGCGAUGGACAAGCUAAAUGAGUUGAGCACUUCUCUCCUGGAUCUGAUCCCCUGGCACACUCGAGAGGGUCUGGAGAAGCUGGUGACUGAGGAUAAUGAGCGGUACAGAGCCGUCUCCAACACCAUCACCCAGCAGGUCGACCAAAUCAACGCUGAUAUACUCAAGUCACAGCAGUUUGAACAGGCUGCAGACACUGAACUCUCUUGGCUGACUGAAGCUGAGAGGAAGUUGCUGUCGAUGGGCGAGAUCAGGCUGGAGCAGGACCAAACCACAGCCCAGCUCCAAGCACAGAAGAUCUUCUCCAUGGACAUCAUGAGGCACAAAGAUGCUGUGGAUGAUAUUGUGAAAACAGGAAAGGCCAUCCUGAACAGCAAAAACCCGGAGGAGAAAGAAAUCUUGAAGGCCAAGACCCAGACUCUCUUGGAUAAAUACGGCAUCGUCAGUCAGCUGAAUUCAGAGCGCUGUCUGCAGCUGGAGCGAGCCCAGUCUCUGGCCGGUCAGUUCUGGGAGACCUAUGAGGAGAUGUGGCCAUGGCUUCAGGAAACCUUGAGCACCUUCAGCCAGCUGCCUCCACCUGCCAUCGAGUACGAAACACUCAGGCAGCAGCAAGAGGAACUCAGGCAAAUGCGAGAGCUGAUUGCCGAGCACAAGCCCCACAUCGACAAGAUGAAUAAGACCGGGCCUCAGUUACUUGAACUCAGCCCAGUGGAGGGAGCGCCCAUCAGAGAGAAGUACACAGCUACAGACCAACUUUACACCAAACUCAAGGCUGACGUCAAGCAGAGAGCUGCUACUCUGGAUGAGGCCAUCUCCAAAUCCACCCAGUUCCAUGAUAAAAUUGACCCGAUGCUGGAAUCCCUGGAACGGAUCGCUGAACGCCUGCGCCAGCCUCCGUCCAUCUCAGUGGAAGUGGACAAGAUCAAGGAGCAGAUUACCGAAAAUAAGGCCGUCUCUGUGGAUUUGGAGAAACUGCAGCCCUCUUAUGAGACACUGAGGCAGCGAGGUGAGGAGAUGAUCGCACGAUCGGAAGGAGCAGACAAGGACAUAUCUGCCAAAGCUGUACAAGACAAACUGGACCAGAUGGUGUUUCUCUGGAGCGACAUCCAGGCCUUACUGGAGGAGCGGGAGGCGAAGCUGCUGGAUGUGAUGGAUCUGGCAGACAAGUUCUGGUGCGACCACUGCGCUCUCAUCGUCACCAUCAAAGACAGCCAGGACCUGCUGAGAGAGCUGGAGGAGCCCGGAGUCGAUCCUUCAGUCGUCAAACAGCAGCAGGAGUUUGUGGAGGGAUUUAAGGAGGAGAUUGAUGGACUGCAGGAAGAGCUUGAUGUGGUUCAAAACCAGGGUGCAGAGCUUAUGACUGCCUGCGGGGAGCCUGAUAAACCCGUGAUAAAGAAAAGUAUUGAUGAGGUGAAUUCGGCGUGGGAAAAUCUCAAUAAGACUUGGAAGGAGAGAGUAGAGAGACUGGAAGAAGCCAUGCAGGCUGCUGUGCAGUUUCAGGAUGGCCUGCAGGGUAUGUUUGACUGGGUGGAUAUUCUGGAGAGCAAACUGGAUUCAAUGUCACCUGUAGGCACAGACCUGGAAACUGUCAAGCAGCAGAUUGUAGAGCUCAAGGAGUUCAAAGGAGAGGCGUACCAGCUGCAGAUCGAGAUGGAGCGCCUGAACCACCAGGCCGGCCUCCUGCUGAAGAAGGUGACAGAGGAGGUCGAUCGCUGCGCCAUCAAGGAGCCAAUGUCUGAGCUCAAGAUGCUCUGGGACAACCUGGAUGAGAAGAUCAUCAGCCGACAGCACAAACUGGAGGGAGGCCUCCUGGCACUGGGCCAGUUCCAGCACGCACUGGAUGAGCUGCUGGCCUGGAUGAGCCACACCGAGGAGCUGCUCAAUGAGCAGAGGAAGGCCGGAGGAGACCCCAAAGCCAUCGAGAUAGAGCUCGCUAAGCAUCAUGUUCUACAAAAUGAUGUGUUGGCUCAUAAGGCGACAGUUGAGACAGUCAAUAAGGCCGGUAAUGAUCUGGUGGAGUCCAGCGCUGGAGAGGAAGCUUCUAGUCUGCAGAGCAAACUGGAGAACCUAAACCAGCGGUGGAAAGCAAUCCUAGAGCAGACUGCACUGAGGAAGCAACAAUUGGAGAGUGCUCUGCUUCAGGCCCAAGGUUUCCAUGGUGAGAUAGAAGAUAUGCAGCAAUGGCUGAAAGACACAGAACGUCAGCUGUUGGCAUCAAAGGCUGUGGGAGGCUUACCAGACACGGCCCGGGAGCAGCUUAGCGCCCAUCUGGAGUUGUGUUCUGCCUUGGAGGUGAAGGAGGAGCUGUAUCAGGAGCUGAUGAACAAGGGUCACCAGCUGCUCGCCGUGACGCCCGAGGGUCCAGACAGCAACACAGAGCAGGACCUCGCCAACCUGAAGGACAAAUGGGAAGCUGUGCAGGGGAAGGUCGCUGAAAGAAAGGCGAAACUAGAAGAGGCCUUGACGCUGGCCACGGAUUUCCACAACUCCCUGCAGGACUUCAUCAACUGGCUAACCCAAGCAGAGCAGACGCUGAACAUGGUUUCCUCUGCCUCCCUCAUACUGGAGACCAUCAUGUUUCAGAUUGAUGAGCAUAAGAUGUUUGUGACAGAGGUGAACUCACACAGGGACCACAUCAUUGAACUGGACAAGACGGGAACACAUUUGAAGUACUUCAGCCAGAAACAGGAUGUGGUCCUGAUCAAGAACCUGCUGCUCAGCGUGCAGGGCCGCUGGGAGAAGCUGGUGCAGCGGUCUGUUGAGCGAGGUCGCCUGCUGGAUGACGCCAGGAAGAGGGCGAAACAGUUCCAUGAAACUUGGAAUAAACUGAUGGAGUGGUUGGAUGAAUCUGAGAAGACUCUGGACUCAGAAGUGGAAAUUGCCAAUGAUCCAGGCAAAAUCAAGAUGCAGCUGGCGCAGCACAAGGAGUUCCAAAAGGCUCUGGGCAGCAAACACUCAGUGUAUGACACCACCUCUCGGACAGGGCGGGCCCUGAAAGACAAGACCUCCCUUCAGGAUGAUAAUCAGAAGCUGGACGACAUGCUGAGUGAACUGAGGGACAAAUGGGACACUGUUUGUGGCAAGUCAAUAGAAAGACAAAACAAGCUCGAGGAGGCCCUGUUGUUCUCCGGCCAGUUUACAGACGCUCUCCAGGCUCUCAUUGACUGGCUGUACAGAGUGGAACCUCAGCUUGCUGAGGACCAGCCCGUACAUGGAGACAUAGACCUGGUUCUCAACCUGAUAGAUAACCACAAGGUUUUCCAGAAGGAGCUGGGAAAGAGGACAGUGAGCGUUCAGGCCCUCAAACGUUCAGCCAGGGAGCUGAUUGAGAGCAGCCACGAUGACUCGUCCUGGGUCAAAGUCCAGAUGCAGGAGCUGAGCACUCGCUGGGAGACGGUGUGCAACCUCUCGGUGUCCAAACAGGCCCGGCUGGAGCAGGCCCUGUGUCAGGCUGAGGAGUUUCACUCUACUGUUCACAUCCUGCUGGAGUGGCUGGCUGAGGCAGAGCAGAGUUUGCGUUUCCAUGGCAGCCUGCCUGAUGAUGAGGAGGCUCUGCAGGCACUUAUUGAACAACACAAGGAGUUCAUGAAGAAACUGGAAGAAAAGCGAGUGGCUCUAAAUAAAGCAACUAAUAUGGGGGAGGCUAUUCUGAGCAUCUGCCAUCCAGACUCUAUCACAACCAUCAAACACUGGAACACCAUCAUUAAAGCCCGGUUUGAAGAGGUGCAGGCUUGGGCCAGGCAGCACCAGCAGCGACUGGCUACGGCCCUCACUGAGCUGUUAGCCACUCAGGAGCUGCUGGAGAAUCUGCUGACCUGGCUACAGUGGGCUGAGACCAACCUCAACGAUAAGGACAAGGAGCUGCUGCCGCAGGAGAUCGAGGAGGUCAAAAGCCUCAUAGCAGAACACCAGGCAUUCAUGGAGGAAAUGACAAGGAAGCAACCAGAUGUUGACAAAAUCACCAAGACACACAAAAGGAAGGCUGCCGUGGAGCCCCAAGUCCAGUCUCAGAUCCCUGUGCUUGGCAAAGGAAGAGCUGGAAGAAAACGUUCUCCCACACAAACGAUGUAUGCGUCAGCAACACAAGCUCCCAUUGAAACCAAAAACCCCCGGGUUAACCUGCUGGUCACCAAGUGGCAGCACGUGUGGCUGCUGGCUUUGGACAGAAGGAGGAAACUCAAUGAUGCCAUGGACAGACUGGAGGAGUUGAAGGAAUUUGCCAACUUCGACUUUGAUGUGUGGCGGAAGCGCUACAUGCGCUGGAUGAACCAUAAAAAGUCUCGUGUCAUGGACUUCUUCCGCCGCAUUGACAAAGAUCAAGAUGGCAAGGUGACCCGGCAGGAGUUUAUAGAGGGUAUUCUCUCCUCCAAAUUCCCUACCAGUCGUCUGGAGAUGAGCGCCGUGGCAGACAUAUUUGACAGAGACGGUGACGGCUACAUUGACUACUAUGAGUUUGUGGCAGCUCUUCAUCCCAACAAGGACGCUUACAAACCACUAACAGAUGCUGACAAAAUUGAAGAUGAGGUUACACGUCAAGUAGCAAAAUGCAAAUGUCCAAAACGAUUCCAAGUGGAGCAAAUUGGUGCCAACAAAUACAGGUUCUACCUUGGAAACCAGUUUGGUCUGGUUCACUGCUUACAUGACUCCUUAAUCGGCGAUGAGACAAUAGCAAACAGGGAAAAUCAAAAUCUUACCUACCCCCACCUACACGUUGCAGUUUUGGAAAGCUGUAUUCUGUUUGGAGACUCUCAGCAGCUUCGUCUGGUACGGAUUUUACGCAGCACUGUGAUGGUGCGGGUGGGAGGAGGCUGGAUGGCUCUGGAUGAGUUCCUGGUGAAGAACGACCCCUGUCGAGUUCAUCACCACGGGAGCAAAAUGUUGCGCUCGGAAUCAAACUCUUCAAUUACUCAGUCUCCUAUAGGUUGGCAAAUCUCACACAUUCUCACCUUGCUCCAUGAACCCGCCAGUGCUAAAGGCAGGACCAACGUGGAGCUGCGAGAGAAGUUCAUCCUCCCAGAGGGAACCACUCAGGUGAUGGCGAGCUUCCGCUACCGAGGCCGGAGAUCUCGGCCGUCAUCUAGAGGAGCUUCUCCCAACAGAUCCACCUCCAGUCAGAGCUGUGCGGUGCCGUCAAACCCAGCAGCGACGAGUACACUCAAGACUCCCCAACACAUAACCCGCAAUUAUGAUAAGCCCUGGCUUACAAACAGCAAACCCUCCACUCCUCUUAAAUCAUCAGACUCCUUUGGGAGCCAAGGUUCAUCCUCAGAGGGUACACCAGUUCAAGGCAGCAAAUUACGUCUUCCUGGGUAUUUGUCAGGCAAAGGAUUUCAGUCUGGUGAGGAGGGAACCUUGAUCAGUGCUGCUGUACUGAAAGCUCGAACACAGACAAUAGGUGAGUCAAGAAAAAAUUCCAGCCGACCUGGAAGUAAAGCCGGAAGCAGAGGGAGCAGUCGCAGAGGAAGCGACGCCUCUGACUUUGACAUCUCAGACAUCCAGUCUGUGUGCUCAGAUGUGUCAGAGACCGUUGGUGAUUCAGCCCGAGCGACGCCGCGCUCUGCAUCCCGUCAACACAGAGGAAAACCCUCCAAGAUCCCCACUCCUCAGAGAAGAACCACUCCCACAAGCAAACUGGCCAAGGGAUCCAAGCGAUAGUCAGUGGCCUUGAAAACAAACAACCCAGGAGCUAGUUGCACCCUAAACACGUAAUGGACACUGGAGAUAUCUAACUUAAAAGACUGCAAAUGUGUUGAGUGUUAUUUAAAUUGUUGCAAAGAUGUAAGAUAUUCUGUUGAUAGGCAAUAUGGUUUAAUAUUAUGUGAGAAUGGAAUGUUAAUGGCCUUGUGUAUUUGUUUUUAAUGUAUUUUAUUUUUUGUGAAAAAUGUCAAAUUGUUUUUAUUGUAUUUUAUUUUAUUGAUGCAAAACCUGUAGUGGUUUGACGAACACUAGAAAACCUGGGAAUGACUACAUUGUAUGGUUAACUAACAUUUCUAAACACACUAAUGAAGGGCAACACGCAGGAUAGCGGGAGAGUUACUGAAUGUACUGUAAUUUAUGUAUGCUGAUGUUUGGAGUAGAUGGUGCAUUAUGGUACCAUUUGAGGCACUGCAAUUAUCUAUUUAAGUGCUAUGAUAUACUCCCAACAUGCUUUUAAAGGGCAAUGCAAUAUACUACAAUAAACCCCAGUAAGCACUGCAGAAACCUUUGAAAAACACUAUUAAAGGCUAGUAGCAGAAACCUCGUAAUCAUGAAGCUUUUAAGUCCUGUUUGUUUGUGAGCAGCUGACAUCCCUGUUUUGUUUGACCACUUCCCAGCAGUGUGUGCAUUGAUCUUGAAGAGGUGCCACUCCAUGUAGACAUUCUCUUGUGCAUUUAUGUCAAUGUGGUUAAUUUCGGUAGAGCUGAAAUUGUUACUGUAACAUUACUUUGUAAUAAACCUGCUUGCAGAAAACCACCAGA